AUGGACAUUAUUGAAGAAAUAGGAAAGAACAAGAACAUCCGCGGGGCCUACCGCGGCCACUUCACAAAUUAUGAUCAAAGUUCUAUUCAACGAUUCCUCGAACAGAGAGGCAUGUUGCAUGUGAUAGGCAAAAAGGCAACGUUUAGAUAUGAUUCCAACUUCUGGACCAAUAAAAGCUCUUAUGUAAUUGUUCAUGGCCAGUCAGACUAUGAUGGUGCAAAGGAGACAAAACUUCCAACCUAUUGGACCAUGCCAUUACAAAGUCUUUGUCUUGGAAUGAAGACCAAACUACAUAGCAAGCCUAAAUGGAUUCUUUUGCAAAACAUUUUAAGGUCAAGUACGCUGUAUUCUAUGAUCGCAGACGAUAAAUACAGGAAGUUUGCUGUUGGUCGCAGUCAGUGGAAAUCCCUGCUUUCUGGCUCCUCUUUGCAGUAUGGUUGCAAUCAAGAAGGCUUUAAUUCCCUUACUGAUUCGGAUAAGUUUGCAAAAGUACGGAUUGGAAUAAUUGCGAACGAUAAUAAGCAUUGCACUAUGACAGACUCUCUGAUAGGAUUUGGCGCCCAUGGGAAUGACUGUAAUGUGACAACGGGAAACUGUGGCUGGACCAAUGCUGACAACGGGGAUAAGAAAAUCGCAGCCUAUGGUAUUAUCUUGGGUCGUUGAUGUCCAUACAAAUAAAAAUACACAAUUAAGAUCUAUUACUUGUUACAA